ACGAAGACAGAGGAUUUUCCACUUUACAAACUUCGACAGUAAAAAGACACUAAAUGUUCUUCGGCACGACCACGGAAGUCGAUCAAAUAUUUGGAGACCUUGCGCUUUGAUCUGGUACUUCCAGGUGCUGCGCACAGAUGGCGAGAGCGUUCUGAGCGAGGCGGUAAAUUCGAAAGGGAAGAGGGACUAGCAAGAUGGGCGAGGAACGCGUUGAGCGCGUGUUUAAAUUUAAAUUUCCGACCUGCACCACGGGUCAGGACUACGAGCUUGAGAUUCCUCUGAAGAUCCCACACGACGGAUGCAUCGAAGAGCUAACCCACCGGAUAAUUUCCGCCUUUAAGCUGCCUUGCUACGUUGAAAACGACCUGCACAAGGCUCUUGAGAUCGCGGUGAAACGGUGGACUCUCGAAUUCCACGACGACAGAUCGGAGCGCCUCAUAAAGGCGGCGCAAUCCGGCGACCUCGACGUAGACGAGGUGAUCAAAAGCUGGGAAAAACUGUACAAGGAAAAGACGACCGCCUAUGCCGAGCCCAUCGGAACCACCGACGAGGAGCUGUUCGCUGGUGCCUAUCACAGACUGGUGCACUCGCCCUCUCUCGAAACGAUUCUUCAAGCUGAACACGAGUUCGGCAGAGCGGUGACCGAGGUUGUUCAGAUGAGGGACGCGGAGUUUGAGAAGCUGACGCAAAAGCAAACCGACGAGGUCAAGGAGGCUGUGGAGACGUUGGAGGCCGGGUCCACGGAAAGAUCGAUAAACGAGAUGCUUGGAAGACACUUCGAGGAACAGAGUCUGCUUCAAGGCCAUUGGGGCUCCAGGGUAGACGCGCUGAAGCUUGAGCAGCGGAGGCAGUACCGAAACUGGAUCAUGCGUCUGCUGGAAGAGCAGCAGACCAGCAUGCUACCGACACCAGUAAGCUCCCCGAUUAUGCAGAUGCCACCGCUCCGUGCGGCCCUCGGAGACUUUGGCGAACGGAACGACAAAGAAGCCGUGGAUUUCCCGCAGCUUGAAGAAAGUUUCACGAUACACCUUGGCUCCCAGAUGAAGCAGAUGCACAACAUACGAAUCAUGACGGGGGAUGUGUUCGACUUCUGCAAAACUAAACAUGGAGACUCGGGAAUGGACCCCACCCCGCAAAGACUCCAGACUGCUCUCGGUCUCUAUUCGAACGACCUCUGUGGCCUCGUACUUUUGACCGACAAUCACGUAGCUAGUUAUUCAGGAAUAACUAAAGAACUCUGCUCAAUAUGUCAAAUGACCACGGAAUUUCACUUCCCAUCUUUUGAUGAACAGCUUGAAAAACUUCGCGAUGAUGUUAAGGACGUUGUCGCAUGGAGACAGGCGCACCAAAGGGAAGGAAGCGAUCCCCAGGCUAAAAAAUCAACUGGAAGUAAGAGCCUGCAAAUUGGAGACGUUUUUAUAACGCGGCAUUCAAACCUAGCUCAGGUUCACGUGGUAUUUCACAUGGUGGUUCAGGACUCCUUAAGAUCAGGAGAAAUCAACUCCCGGCACCCGGCGAUCUUGGGUCUAAGGAACAUACUGAAAACUGCCUGCAGCAACGACGUCACUACUCUGACCAUACCAGUCUUAUUGGUCCACGAAAUGUCUGGGGAUAUGACUGUGGCUUGGUGUACGAAACGAGCAGAACUUGUUUUCAAAUGUGUCAAGGGUUUCAUGAUCGAAAUGGCGUCUUGGGGAGGUGCUGAGUUAAAGAAUUUACAAUUCUUGGUCCCGAAGGGAGUGUCCGAGGAAGUUUUCGGAACCUUGGCCACAAUGUUGCCGAGUAUAUUCCGAGUGUCGAAUCCUCUCGUCUUCAAAGCUACCGACACUCUUCAAACACCGAAAAAAUGAUCUGCAUUGUGCAAAGAUAAUUCUUUCAAUCAAACCUGAUUGUAAUAUGUAUAUUGAAAUUACAUUUAUAAGCAUAUUUGCUGAAAGGUUGAUUGAUUUGUGUAAUGAACCCAGAAUCUAUCAACCCCACGACGACUUGAUUA